AAAUGAAUUGCCAGUGGGCAGGUUUGGUAGAUCUGACGGUUGCGACAUACGAUGUAUUCUAUCUACAAUACGUAAAAUCAUGAAUAAUGGAUUACAUUUAAAUAUUUUAUAUAGAACACUAUAAAAAUAUUAAUUAAAAAAGCUGCUUGUACAUUUUUUUAAAAACUGGCAGGAUUGACGACUGAUAUUUCGAAUAAAAAUAGCGUCCAAGAUGCAAGACUAUGUCGCUACCCCCUUAGAUGUACGAGACCUUCCCACUGGCAGGUAUUGUUUGACAGGUCGUUGGAAUGCCUAAUUAUUCUGUCUCGACAAAACUUCAUUACAAAAAUGUUUAAUUUUAGUUAGGUUAGAAUUUUCUGAUCGGAUAAUAAAAAAAUGGCAAUAAAUUUGGAUAUACAUUUAAAAAGAGCUGACAAAAUAUAUUAUGAAGAGGAAAAUGUUUCUGGUGUUAUUGCUUUAUCUUCAAAUACUGAUUUUAAACACGAAGGCAUAACAUUAACAAUGGAAGGCUCAGUAAAUUUACAAAUUAGCUCAAAAAAUGUUGGAUUAAUCGAGGCCUUUUAUAAUUCUAUUAAGCCUAUUCAACUAGUAGGAUUAACCUGUGAGGUAUGUGGACCAGGAAAAUUACCGUCAGGCCUUACAGAAAUACCAUUUGAGAUUCCACUAAAACCUAAAGCCAACAGAUCUUUGUAUGAAACAUAUCAUGGGGUGUACGUUAACAUUGGAUAUGGUUUAAGAUGCGAUAUUAAGAGAUCAUUCCUUUUGAAAGAUUUACAGAAAACUCAACAGUUUCUAGUACAAUAUACACCUGGAUAUAAUGUAACGCCUGAACUGCCACUCAAAGAGAAAAGAACACCUAUUAAUUUUGAGUUAAGUCCUGCAUCACUGACAAGUGGAAGAUCAGGGGCUCCAGACUUUUUACUGAGAGGUCAUAUUGAAUCUGUGUGUUGCAAUAUUACUAAGCCAUUAAAAGGGAAGGUGGUUUUGGUUAAGUGUGCACUACCAGUUAGGUCUAUAGAAUUGCAACUUGUAAGAGUUGAGACAUGUGGAUGUGCUGAAGGUUAUGCCCGUGAAGCUACUGAAAUACAAAAUAUUCAAAUUGGUGAUGGAGAUGUGCCACAUAACAUUCCAAUUCCUGUUUAUAUGGUUUUUCCAAGACUAUUUACAUGUCCCACAUUGCUCACAACAAACUUCAAAAUAGAAUUUGAAGUGAAUCUAGUCGUAGUGUUCCAAGAUGACCAUUUAAUAACAAACAAUUUCCCUAUUAUUUUAGUGAGAGAAUAACAAUCAAAAUAUUAUAAAUAUAUAUCAUAUAAUUGAAUACAUUUUUUAUAUUUAUCUUAAUAAAUCACAAAUAAGACAAAAAAACCUUAAACCUUAAACUAUCAUUGGUAUGAAGAAACAUAGUUUUUCUCAUUUUAUAUAUAAACUUCAAUCAGUAAGAAGUUCUUUAUCAUUCCAAACAUUCUCAGAAUAAUAAAAUACUAAUAAUGAAUGCAUAAAAAAAUAACUUAAAAUUUAUAUAUGAGGAAAACUACUAUUUUGCAAAAAAUACAAUACUUGAAGAAACAUAUUUUUUUUUUUAAUUUUUAAUAUAGCUUAAAUAUCACUUUGAAAAUUUUCGUAUUUGAUUAGAUUGAUAAGGAAAGUGCCAUAAUUCUAAAUUUAGAAGUAGAUGUCACUUUGAUAUCAAAUAGUAUAAAAAAUAGCAUAUGAAUUCAUGGAAUAAACAUUUAGAAUAAGCAAAAAAUUUUAAGAUUCAGUAACAACUAAUGCUAAAUCUGACACAACGAUAUCAAUCUGUUUCUCUAGAGCUAAAACAUGACCUGUAUUGCAAGUAUCACUAGCAAUAAAAGAAACUAUAAGAGGAAGUUUGUUCAUCUGUAUCACUUGGUACUGGGAAUAAGCACAAAUUAAAGUAGUAGUCUUGCCUAAACCCAAUUUGCUUCCUUGGUCGAUCGCCAAACCGAAAGUGGAAAUAAAAUUCGGCCUAGCCGCUUGUUCUGGUGUCUUAUCAUUUCCAACUUUUAACAUUGGAACUCCGUCUCUGUCUGUGAUUAAUAUGCAAUGUAAACCAUUCACUCUGGUUAAAAUGUCUUGAAGAAAUUUUCUCGCUUCUUCGACCAUAGUUUAAUAUUUUUUAGACGAUAUACUAGACUAAAACAACAAAAUAAUGUAGAAUUACAAUACAAAAAAAAAGGUUGUUUUUGCGUUAUGACAUUGAUGUCACAUUAUUGUUAUCUGUCAAAACAUCCGUAUCAUCUUUUGGGUCUUUUAUAUU